GAUACAUAAAUAAUGGCAAAUUAACAACAACAAUCGUCGACAUAUAUCAAAUAAAUGGAUGGAAAUGAGAGAGAGAAAAAAAACAAAGUUUUCUGGCCAAAGAGAAAGUUUAUUUUGUUUAUGGAAAACAAAAAAUUUUGAAUUUGAAAUCAUUAUUUUUUUCAUCAUCAUCAUAUUCAAGCAACAUAUUUCGUUUUCAAAUUCGUAUUCAAAUUUAAAGGACAGCAGCAGCAACAACAACAACAACAAACAAACAAGAAUUCAUCAACCAUCAUGGGUUUCACCAGAACGGAAUUGAAAUCCACUAUAACCGAUACGGAUGAUAAUUUGGUGGCGGAAAAAGAUGUGAUAUCUGCAGUGGCCACAGUAGAUCCGGAUGAAUUUGAUUGGCGUAAACAACAAUUGAAAUGGCAAAAUAUUCUAUUAUUGGGCAUAUGGCAUAUUGCUGCCAUUGGUUUCUAUGUUUAUGCUUGUAUUUAUAGUUUUAAACUUCAAACCGUUUAUUUAGCCGUCGCAAUCGGUAUGAUGUCCGGCAUUGGUACAUCGGCUGGUUCACAUCGUCUUUGGUCACAUCGUGCAUAUAAAGCCAGAUGGCCAUUAAAAAUAUGGCUAUUAAUUUUCCAGGCAAUGACCAUGAAUGGUUCAGCAUUAUCGUAUGCACGUGAUCAUCGUACACAUCAUAAAUAUUCGGAUACGGCUGGUGAUCCAAAAAAUCCAACACGUGGCCUAUUCUAUUCACAUAUUGGUUGGUGGUUGGUGAAAAAAACCGACGCCGUCAUUGAUGGUGGUAGACAAUUGGAUUUUACCGAUCUUUAUAAUGAACGUCUUGUUUAUCUUCAACAUAAAUAUUAUCUACCAAUAUUCCUCGUGUUCGGCAUCAUGAUACCCGGGUUGAUACCGAUUUAUUGUUGGAAUGAAGAUCCAUGGAUAUCAUUCGGUUUAGUUGUUGUUAUACGUAUCGUGAUCGUUCUACAUCAUCUAUUCACCGUUAAUUCGUUGGCACAUUUUUUCGGUUAUCGUCCAUAUGAUUUUCGUAUACGGCCAGCUGAUCAUCGUUUUGUCAAUUAUAUUUCCUUUGGUGAAGGUAUCCAUAAUUAUCAUCAUGUUUUUCCAUUCGAUUUUCGUAUUAAUGAACGUUCACAAUGGGAAUUAUUCAAUCCACCUGGUAUGUUUAUUGAAUUGAAUCGUUUGUUUGGUUUAGCUUAUGAUUGUAAAGUGGCAUCACAAUCAGUAAUCAAUGGUGUUGUACGUCGUCGUGGUGUACAGCCGAUUCGUGAUGAACAAAAAAAUCUUCUAUUUCGUAUCGGCAAUUCGAUAUUUGAUUGGACCAUUGGUAUGCUUGUCGGUGCAUGGGCUGCAUAUCCAAUGAUCAUAUUUAAAUUACUAACCGGUCGAACAAUUGGUUAGAUAAAAAAAAAUAUGAUGUGAUGAUGAUGACACGAAUUUUCUAAAUAAUUUUUUACAUUGCAAAAUUCUG